UAUUUUCCUUUAGGUACUUAUAACGUAGUAUUAGUGCUUGUAUUUUAGCUUUUGUUUGUUUCUUCAAUCCUAUAAAAAUAAUGUGAAUUAAAUUUUAAAACUGUAAAAAAUACAACUUAAUUAUUAACAUAUACCAAAAAAAUAUUAGUUUUACAAUUUUAAAUUAAACAAUUGACUUAUAGUUAUCUUUAAGUGUAAUACUCUACCUCUUGAAAUAACCAAUGUCUACCUACCUAUUUAUAUAAACAAACAUGAAUUAUCACAGUCAUAAUAGUGAAUACAUGGGUGAUAAUCGACAAAUGUUCUAUUCUGGCCAUAAUGAUGAAUCCGAUCCGCCAUCACCUGCAUCCAAACUCCAACCUGUCCAAAGAGACAACAUGAACAGAAUGUGGAUAUUAAGGGAAACGUUGUAUGAUGAUCCUGAUUUGUUUCAUGAUUUUGAUUCUCCACAAGAAGACUCUCCCAUAGACAACACUGCUGAUAUAGCACCCACCUACUCAGUUGGCUACGAUUGGACAAAGCAACAAUGGCAAAAAGCUGGCAACUUCCAAGGUACAAUCAACCAGACUUGUCCAGCACCACAGCAGACAAAACAAUUGGGCAAACAAAAUAAGUUCCUAAAGAAUGUGAUGGUUAGUUUAUCUCAACCGGUUAAAUUAAGCAAGGCCGAGAGUAUGAUGCAAAAAAUGGGCUGGCAAGGCGGUGCCUUGGGUAAAGAUGGCGUCGGAAUUGUGGAACCUAUUGCUCCUAAUAUUGCCUAUGCAACGAAAACCUUGGGUUUUGGACAAGAGAAAAAGAAAAAAAAUCCGCCUCCGAUUAAAAGAAAUCAAAAGCCAAAACGCGCGAGACAGAUGCAGAUGCGCGAGAAGAGACCAAAUUUCAAUUUGAACGUUCUUUUACAUAUAUUUGCGUUCGUUAGAAACAACGCCGAAACAGUUGUGGUGUUCGACAAAACUCUUCUUAACGCCGAAAGGAAAGCGAUACACCAAUGGGUGAACGAUGUGAUCAACGACGAAGGUGAUGGCUACGACGAGAUCAGCCCUGAAGAGUUGGAGGUGGUGAAGUUGAUACGUGAACAUAACAAUUACGUUUUGCACACUCAGAGCGAAGGGAAGAUGCCAUUUAGAGAACUAACUAUAUUUAAAGAGGCACCAACACAUGUUUAUCUUAUAACACCAAAUGACUUGAGAGACGAAAUAAACACAGAUGAUUCAGACAAAUCGGAAUACGAGACGGUUGCUAUUGAUGGAGACUGUGCACCCAGUGGAGGCGAUGAAAAGGAAAAAGGUAGUGAUGCGAAAAGAGAAGAUGCUAAUUGUAUAAAAGGUAGCAUAGAAGACAAAGAACUGGCACCAUACGACAAAUUGAUAGAGUACUUCAUUGAAUUCUCUAAAGAACAGGACUAUACAGAGUUUAGAUUUUUAGGUCUGUACAAUGCUAACGAAAUGGACGCUUUAAAUGAGUUCUGGAGGAAUAUAUUCAUGUAUUUAAAUAGAGACAUGACAUCAAUAGAUACAAGGUAUCUACCUGCGUUAACAAAUGAAGAAAUUUCGUUCACAGUGAACCAAGACUGUAAUGGAUAUGAUGUAAUAUACAAACACGUAAAGGACAGUCGACAGUAAUAAGAAUUAUAGAUAUAAUAUAGAUUAAGACUUAAUUAUGUAUUAUAUUUAGAAUAUUAACUUAUUAAAAAUGAUGAUUUUGCCAUAU